CAUCGAGGGCUUCGUCCAGGGCGCCGCCGAGGAUUAUACAGUUCAGUCUCAAACAUCAGCAGCUUAUGAUGAAGUGGAUGAAGUAUAAGCGGCUAAACCUUUUUCUAUCUCCUAUCUAAAUCUUAACUGAAUAACGUUCUCGCUCUAUCAUUUGUCAUUUGCCAAACUCGCUAAAUUUCCAAAUUCUUCCUCUUUGAUUUAAACUGACUGACGGCACCAAUUCACACGCUUUCACUUUAUGCGCACAAAACUGUUGUCGCUUUCGCUCUGUGGCCGCAACAAAGUUUAUCUCAUGGUUUCUUCAUAGGAUGUCCGAUUGCAGCAGAUCAUUGAGUCGGGCGACAUGGAGCAGCUGGCCGAGAUAGUGCUGAAUGGCGAGGGCGGACGGCUGCUGGGUCUCAAGUCCAAAGAGCCGGAAAUACAGGCCUUUCUCAACAACGUGCCCAGCUAUAUGGAGAAAAUCCAUCGCGUGCACGAUGCGGCACGUGACGGCAGUUUGUUGGCGCUGCAGCAGGCAUUGGAUCGCCGGAAGUUUGCCAUUGCUAAGGACGACAUAUCACCAAAUGGCGCCACGCCGUUGCACGUUGCCGUUCUGUUUGGCCACAGCGAUAUUGUACGCUAUUUGGCUUCACGCUUUCCGGAGACCAUGGCAAUUACGGAUAAUGACGGACGCACGCCGCUGCACUAUGCGGCCACAAUUAAGGACAACGGCCACUUUUACAAUGUUCUCUCGCAGCUGGGCGCCAAUCCAAAAGCUCUGGACAAGCUGGGCCAUACGCCUGAGUUCUAUGUGGACAUGGAGAAGUCCAAAGAUGUGCUUACCUACAGCGAACUCUUGACCAUAUUUGGGGCCGAGGAGCUGGAGAACCAGUUGCUCAGCGAUCAAGGUCAAUCGCAGCCCGUCAACUUUCAGGCGAAUCCCAUCUUUAAAACGGAACAGGGCAAAUAUCUAGCAGAUACUCUCGCAGAUCCCUUGAUUAAGGCCUUGACAGAAAUAGCCAAUAAACGUCCGAAGGAUCCUGUGGCCUAUCUAACCGGCUAUUUGCAGCAAUUCAUGGGCCAGCGCAAGGCCAUUACCGAGGUCAUUGUCCAUUCGGGCAACAGCAAGAUCAGCAGCAACUCCACGGCCCUGGCCAACUCCGUCUCAAAGCUAAAUAGCAGUCGCACGGGCAAGUCCCAUGCGGACAUCAUUGAGCUCGAUGCACAUUCGCUGGCCGACGACCAGGACGACAAUGACGAGGAUGCUGCCUUGGCUGUGCAACAUCUGGAGGAGCGCGAUGAGCAUGGCCAGAGCAUGUUGCACUUUGCCUGCGCUCGCUCGCAUCGACGCGGUGCUCUGUACACGCUGGUCGAAGAGUCACGCAUCGAUAUCACCUACAGGGAUGAGCUGUAUCGCACGGCCAGAGAUGUGGCGCUGCAGGCCAAUCAGCCAAAUAAUGCCACUGAAAUAGAUCGAUAUGUGCUCGCUCAGGCAGUGCUGGGUGAAGUGGAACCCUUUGAGCAGCUGGCCCUGCAGGGCUACGAUCAUAUUCUCGAUGUGGAAGACGAGAAUGGCAAAUCCAUUCUAGACGUUGCUACUGAGCAUCAGCAUGAGGCACUUUUUGGCUUUUUAAACAGCUUACGCGAGCUGGAGGAGACACGCGAGGAGCUGCAUCAAAUGAUACGCGAUAAGAAUAUGGAAAGGCUCAAAGAGCUAACCGCAGUGCCCAAUGUCAAGUGGCUUAUUAAGACCAAAAACUAUUAUGGUCGCACUGCUCUGCACAUAGCCGUGCUGAAGGAGUCGGAGGAAAUGGUGGAGCAUCUGGUACAGCUUUGCCCCGAGGCGCUCAAAGUGACAGAUAAUCUGGAGCGCACUGUCCUGCAUUACGCCUUGGGCACCAAUUUCUGUGAGAGUGUCAGCCGCAUCCUUAUACAAAAUGGCGCCAAGCGCACGGCGAAGGAUCUCAAGGGUAGACAGCCGAGCUACUACUUUAUCAACAAGGCGGACAUCUUGCGCCUACAGGAGGAGGAGGAGGAAAGUCGCUAAGCAAUAUUUAUGUAUAGAAAUUCAACUAGCUCUAAGCUGUUCUAGUUCAAUAAAAUGAAAAUCGUUGAG